CGGGUCGGCAAUUUGCCCCCCGUUUCUUGGCACUUUGCCUUUGUCGUUGCUGCCUUAGGACCGAACACGGACCACACUCACCUGCAACAAUGGCCCUUACCAUGAAGCGCUCGGGCGUGGCCGCUCGCUCGGCCUCCUCCCGCAAGUCGGUGGUGACCUGCGUCGCUCGCCAGUCGUGGCUGCCGGGCAGCCAGAUCCCCGCCCACCUGGACACCCCCGCUGCUCAGGCGCUGGCUGGCAACUUCGGCUUCGACCCCCUGGGCCUGGGCAAGGACCCCGUGGCUCUGCGCUGGUACCAGCAGGCUGAGCUGAUCCACUGCCGCACUGCCAUGGCUGGUGUUGCCGGUAUCCUGAUCCCCGGCCUGCUGACCAAGGCUGGCGCCCUGAACGUGCCUGAGUGGUACGACGCCGGCAAGGUGGCGAUCGAGAACUCGUUCGCUCCCUGGGGCUCUCUGCUGGCUGUGCAGCUGUUCCUGUGCGGCUUCGUGGAGGCCAAGCGCUGGCAGGACAUCCGCAAGCCCGGCAGCCAGGGCGAGCCUGGCUCGUUCCUGGGCUUCGAGGCGUCCCUGAAGGGCACCUCGGAGCUGGGCUACCCCGGCGGCCCCUUCGACCCCCUUGGCCUGUCCAAGGAGGCCGACAAGUGGGCUGACUGGAAGCUGAAGGAGGUCAAGAACGGCCGCCUGGCCAUGCUGGCCUUCCUGGGCUUCGUUGCCCAGAAGUACGCCACCGGCGCCGGCCCCGUGGACAACCUGGCUGCCCACCUGAAGGACCCCUGGCACGUGAACUACGCCACCAACGGCGUCUCCCUGCCCUUCCUGUAAAUGCCCGGUUGCAUGCGCCUGACCCGUCCUGGCGGCCUGGGCCUAGUAUAGAGCUAGCGCUGACAGAGACGAUGUGAGCGGCGUUGUAAUUUUAGGGACUCCUAGAGAAGAAGAGACAAACGUGUCGCGUGUUAAAGUCUUUGGGUUGGGUUGGGGCGAUUCUCCUGCGUUGCGCAGCACUGGUUUUCGAGGGCUCACACACUGCACGCUACCCGCACAAUGGUCGGCAAUUUUCGGGGUUUUUCAUGCCUGCCGCGGGAGCCUGCCGGUCCUCCUGUAACCUGGCUGUGAU